ACUGUCGGAUCUGCCGCCACGGAAGUGAGUUUAUUUUCACUUUCUGUCGAGUCUGUUAUGCUCUUGCGGCAGUUUCCAAAAAUUCGUGUUGGUACUUUCACUUUUUUAGCCGCUUCCUCAGCCGUUGUUCAAGCCACUCAAACUGGACUGUGUUACUCUAUAAUGCACACCAAGGCAAGAACUCCAGAAUAUCCUAGGUCGAAUGCAAAGAAAUUUCCAGUACCAGCAGAGUUUGUGGACUGGAAAGUUCCAUUCCCAGAAUAUAAACCAGUAGAUUACACCUCUAAGCACAUUCUUCAGAUGCCACCUUAUGCAGAUCCAGAUAUAAGGAAAGGACCUGCCAAUGUUCCUCUCAAAUUCAAUGCCCUGGAUACAACUUACAACACUGACAGGAAAAGUUACAUAGGAGAAUAUGAAGUUGUACAAGGUGUUCCAAGGAACCCUGUUGGUAGAACAGGGAUGAUUGGAAGAGGAGAUCUUGGCAGAUGGGGCCCCAACCAUGCCGCAGAUCCAGUUGUCACCAGGUGGAAAAGAGACAGUUCGGGAGAAAAAGUUAUGAAAGAAGGAAAACCUGUUCUAGAAAUUGUUGCUAUUCAGAGGAGAGAUUGCAAAGAAUGGGCUCUUCCUGGGGGUAUGGUAGAUCCAGGUGAUACUGUCACAAACACCCUUAAGAAGGAAUUUGGUGAGGAAGCUUUAAACUCCUUGGAAGUUUCACCUGAAGAAAACAAAAGAAUCCAGGAAUCACUUGAGCAUCUUUUUCAUCAUGGAACUCUGGUAUUUCAAGGCUACAUAGAUGAUCCCAGAAACACAGACAACGCCUGGAUGGAAAGUCAAGCGGUUAAUUUUCACGACGAUAGUGGAAACGCCUUCAAUAAGUUCACUCUGCAAGCUGGAGAUGACGCCCAAAACGUCAAAUGGGUCGAGGUGUCUCACGAACUACGCUUAUAUGCAAACCAUCUCGACUUGGUAAAAGAAGUAGCUAUGAAGCAUAAAGCGUAUUGGUAGCCAGCCAGCGGGAAUAAAUUCACACAGAUUAGAUUUUUAGAUAAAUUCAGUUUGUAAUUCAAACUUGCUUUACAUUUCCGUUACAUUUACGACCCGUGGCUCUGAUUAUUUAAACAACGUUUAGGCGUUGUUUGGCCGAACCGCGUUAAACAAUCCUCAAUUUUGCCAAACCUUUCAUUUACUUUUAUCUGAACACUUAUUUUUGUGAACCGUGUCAAAAGGGCUAAAAGCUAAUAGUGGAAGGGCAGUUAUUUAAUCUAAGCAACUGUCGUAUAGAGAAAACCUGAGGCACACUGAUUGUUAGUCUGUUCCAGGCGUCCAGUUAGUAAAAUGGAGCGAAAGCGAAAGAGCGAGAGAGAGGUUUGGGUCGGGUCAGGUAUUACGCGACCCGAACCAAACCUCUCUCUUUGUUUUUCUUCAUUUGCUACCAGCGCGCCGUUUACUAUCGCGCUUCGUGUACUUACUGAACGCCUGAAUUGCGUAAAAGCACAGUUUGGGCUAGACCUCAGGUAAAUAACCAGUCCAUUGAGUCAGGUCAGAAACAUACAGGAAAAUAUUAAAUGUUUGCAUGCUUUAUGCUUCAUAUUGAGUGUAAAGGUUUGGUCACUACCUCUGUUGCUAAGUUUUGUGCCAGUCAACGUGAUCUUCCUGACGACCGUUCGUCAACUAUAUAUCUCGUGCACGAUUAGUCUAAAUGUGUCAUGUGGUGCAACCUGAAUGAGAGAGUAUUAAGGUGUUCCAUUGCGUAAAUGGAACACCUUAAAUUGGUCUUUGUAUCAUAUUUGUACCAAAAAAAUAAAUUAAUGCACUGAAAUAGGCAACGAUUACAAUUGUGAGGCCACUGACUAUGUGCAAGUGCGAGACCAAACAGUUUCCCAAAUUCUUUAGAAAGUUUUAAGAUGAAAAUUAUGCACAAAAGUCUUUUUCAAUUAAGUUCUCAAACUUUAAACAGUUCCUGAGUCUAAGUCAGUGGCCUCAAGUAUAAUUUUACAUUGCACAUGUGCACCGAUUUGAAUAAAAGUGGUUCAUUUGUUUUA